CGUUCCAAUAAGAAAAUGCUGUUAUUGGUUGGAGGAUUGCCUCCCGGACCUGACCGGCUUCCCAGCAAUUUGGUUCAGUAUUAUGAUGAUGAAAAGAAGACGUGGAAAAUACUGACAAUUAUGCCAUAUAACAGUGCCCAUCACUGUGUUGUGGAAGUGGAAAACUUCUUGUUCGUGCUGGGAGGAGAAGACCAAUGGAACCCGAAUGGGAAACACAGUACAAACUUUGUUAGCCGAUACGAUCCCAGGUUUAACAGCUGGAUACAACUUCCACCCAUGCAAGAGAGGAGAGCCAGUUUCUACGCCUGUCGCCUUGACAAAAACUUGUAUGUAAUUGGGGGAAGAAACGAAACUGGCUACUUGUCCAGCGUGGAGUGCUACAACCUGGAGACAAACGAGUGGCGUUACGUGUCUUCGUUACCGCAACCUUUGGCAGCCCAUGCAGGAGCCGUUCACAAUGGCAAGAUAUAUAUUUCAGGAGGUGUUCACAAUGGAGAAUAUGUCCCCUGGCUGUACUGCUAUGACCCUGUGAUGGACGUCUGGGCCCGAAAACAGGACAUGAACACAAAGCGAGCAAUCCACACUUUGGCUGUAAUGAAUGAUCGACUGUAUGCAAUUGGAGGAAACCAUUUGAAAGGUUUCUCCCAUCUCGAUGUAAUGCUUGUGGAAUGCUACGAUCCAAAAGGCGACCAGUGGAAUAUCCUCCAGACUCCUAUUCUGGAGGGUCGCAGUGGCCCUGGCUGCGCAGUCCUUGACGACAGUAUUUACCUUGUAGGAGGCUACAGCUGGAGUAUGGGAGCCUACAAAUCUUCUACUAUUUGCUAUAGUCCUGAGAAAGGGACUUGGACAGAACUAGAAGGAGAUGUUGCUGAGCCACUUGCAGGACCUGCUUGUUCAACUGUCAUAUUGCCAGCCUGUGUACCGUACAACAAAUGAUAGUCAAGGAGCACUGACACGAACACUGAUUGCAUUUGGGAAAAUAAUGACGGGUGACGUAAAUAUUUUAUUAGAACAGGAUUCCUGUUAAAACAAAGCUACCAUAAUUGACCCCUUAUUCCAUAUUUAUGCUUUAGGAGCAAACUAAAAGAAAACAAAAACCAAGUGUUGUCCCAGCUCAGAUAGAUGCCGGUGUCUUAUGAAGCAAGUAGCUAAAACACACCGAACAUUACAUGCUGACAGACUGCCAUUUCAGACUGAUUUUAACUUUUUCCUGCUGCAGAGAUAUUCCUCACGUCAAAUUUAACUUUAAAAAAAAUGAAGGCUAAAUGUUCAAAUACAGCCUGAAGAGACAAGAUCAGUAUUGUGCAUUGUAUCUACCUGCAUGUGAUCUGUGUUGAAGUCAUGAGGAUGUUGUUUUCAUGAAUGCUUCAGAAUUCAGAUAGUGAAAAGCUCACACUGCAUUGCAGAAUUGUCUCCUCCUCUGUAAUCCUAACCUACAGCUACUUCACAUGCUCUGCAAGCAACACAGCAUCAGAAGAUUAUAAAAGGUAAAGAAAUAUCAUUCAGUUUUUGCAUAGCUUGGCAACUAAUACACUCUGCCUUCCAAGUCCCCACGUGUAAGUGCAGCGGAAAGCAGACUACAAUGAAAGCCAUGCUUUACAGAGCACUUCUUGCAAUAGCAGCUUAGGGAUUAGGAUCAAAUUCUUCUAAUCACACUUGUGUAAAGUCAGAGUCAUUUCACUGAAAUCACAUGGAAUGACUGUUUUUACAUUAGUAUAACAGAAAUUUGGUCCUACAUCUUAAAUUCUGGGUUUGUAAAGUAAGUUAUUUCUAUGACCACUUAACGAAACACCAGAAUCCUUACUUACUUUUCACUAACCUGUUAGAUAGGAGCAUCCAUGCUAGUUGCUUCCAAAGACAAGAAGACUGCAUUUAACUGUAAGUGUAUUACUUUGGACUUCUAAAUGAUUGUGCACAAUUUUGGAGAGACACUGGUAAGUAGUUAACGUACUCCUGUGUGGUUGAUCUUAAAAUGUAGUCUGAAAGAUUUUUAUUAUUGAUCCAAAGUAAUAUGAGGCCAGACUUUCCACAGCCUUACAGCUUAUGUAAUUAUUUACACAUCGCAAAGUGAGUUCAGAAUGCUACCACAUGGGACCAGUAGCAUUUAGGACUCGCUUCAUGAACCCAUAGUUGCUUGCACAAAUCAGGCUGUCCAUGUUUUAAGCUUAUGUCCUUCUGUCCUGGCUUUGCAAAAGCAGUGACAAAAUCUGAGGCCGAUUCUUCACCACUUUGCAGUUAACAUAAUCAUCUGCACCUCAGCAAAGUAUAUGCAUUGUUCUUCCAUUGUGGUUUACUGGUGCUGCAUCCAUUACCCUCAGGAUCAUCCUCUUCGCUGGUAUAAACUGACAUUGCUCUAUUGAAGCCAAUGGCUGUACUUCGGUUUAUGUCAGCUAAUAAUCUGGCCUUUAAUUUGCCUAGUUGUAACUGGCUGCACCAGAUAAAAGGCAAAGGAGAUUAAGAUCCUGUGUUUUCAAGCCUGCGCACAUCUUUCAUGAUAGGACUUAAUGCUAGUGCGUUAAGCAAGGAGCAGGCAACUACUGGAGGUUGGUUUCUGCUGCAGAGGCAAUAGAUGGGAGGAAGAAUUCAUUAUUUGCUUUGCAAAAUAGAAAGAGGGCGAUGUACACAGAAAUUACACUAUAUAUUGAAGCUUGAGAGCAACAUAAAUAAUGGAGAACAAAUACCAUGGGACUCUUUCUCUCUGGCAUCAGUCCAGUUUUAUUGCAGUGCAACUCCCUUGCUUGCAGCAAAAUUACACAGUUGUAAAAUUGGAGUAAUGCAGUAAAGACUGAUACCAUACAAAUGCAAUAACCCAAUUGAUGAGGCAGCUGCACGCCUGGAAAAAAAUUGUUUAAACAAAAUAAUUAUCUGAAGAUGCUAAUAUUUGAAUGUGCCGUUGGGGAGUUUUCCAGUGAGCAUCACUAAGGAACUCAUAAAGGUGAAGUGUAUAUCCUAAAAUCUCAAUCCAUUUCUACUAUAUAGUGCAAUCUUAGUUGGUUUUCUAUUUAUUUAUAUUGUUCAGAUCCAGGGGAUCCCUUGUAAAAUAUAUUUGGUGCAAUCAUGACUUUUUUUUUUCCUUUCCUGUUGAAAGUAUAUAAAUAUAAAUAUAUAUAAAAAGGAAACUGUUAAGAUACUAAAUGAGGAAAUCUUGAAUGACAUUUAAGAUCAGGAUAAGGUCUGCCAUUAAACACUGACUGUCACCUGUCUCUUCUAAAACGUACCAUUUUUAAAGGAUAUUUGUUGUCCUUUUAAGUGGUUCUUUUUUUUACCAAGAUAAUUUAAAGAUUUAUGAGGACUGUAUGUAAAUCUUUCUAUCUUUCAGGAAGGCAUGACCAAGCAAAGUGCUAACUGAAUAAGUCACACAAAGAAUGUAAAUUUUGUACAGUACUAGACUGUGUAAAUGAGGCUUGCUUGUAGGGGGGAAACUUUAAAUAAAACUUUAUGUACUAAUUCAACUGUCUGCCAUAUUCCUACUUAUAAAGUGUAUGUAUAAAUAAUAUCUACAUUAAAUUCUUUGGAACUUUUUUUAUCAU